AUGAGCCGAGCAGGACGUGGUGUGUGUGCCUGUGAUAUAGAUGGUAAUGGGAGAGAAGAGAUUUACAUAUUAAACACUAAUCACCAUUACUCUGGUCCUAAAACAUAUAGAGAUAAACUGUUUAUAUGGCGAAAUGGUAAAUACGUAGAUCUAUUUAGUGAUGUGGUAAAUGCUGGGUUACCAAUGUUUGCCGGUAGAUCUGUCGCUUGUUUAGACAGAAAUGGUGAUGGAAAAUAUGGCUUUGUACUCACUACAUACGCUGAUGGCGGUCGAGGUGCUUUUCGCCUGAUUGAAAUGAAUAUUGCUGACCACAAGAACAAUAUUUCUACCGGGGAUAUUGUGUUGAUAGAUUCGGCUGUAGAAGCUGGCAUAAAUUACACAACAGGCGGUCAAGGUAUAGCUGUCGGAUCUAUUUUUGGUAUCCGUGGACUUUCUGAUAUUUUUAUUACUGCUGAAGGCAGAACAAUCUUCAGUAACAUUGGUAACAACAAUUUAUUUCAAAACACUGGCAAUGGAAAAUUUACCAGUAUAGCGCCAUUAGAGGUUGCUGAUAAAAAUCAAGAUGGCCGUGGGGUAUCGCUAUGUGAUUUAAAUAAUGACGGUUUUAUAGAUGUAGUGUAUGGUAAUUGGCUAGGCCCUCAUCGUAUGUUUUUACAACAAAGAAAUUCAAAUGGUGAUGUAAGAUUCCAGAAUGUGGCAACUAAAGACUUUGCCAGAACAUCACCAAUAUCAUCGGUUAUAACAGCAGACUUUAAUAAUGAUGGUUAUAUAGAUAUAUUCCAUGGUAAUAUGUUUUAUGUUCUGGAUAAUAUUGAACAUAAAUAUGUUGUAACAAACAAUCGUCUGUUUACCUCCAAGUCAACUAAUAAUGUUCUGAGUUUGGAAAACGUAGAUAUUGGUGACGCAGAAGAAUCAACUAGAAGCACAACUGGUGCAUCUAUAGCUGAUUUGGAUGGUGAUGGGUAUCUAGAAUUAAUAAUUUGUCAUAACGAUCUGAACUCACCGACUUUAAGUCUCUACGAGGCGAAGAAAGUUGCAGGAAACCAUUGGUACAGAAUAAUGCCCCUCACAAAAUAUGGUGCUCCUGCAAGAGGGGCUACCGUAACAUUGACGUUAGAUGGAAGUAUAACGUUGAAGAGAGUAGUAGAUUCUGGAUCAGGAUAUAUGUCUCAAAUGGAACCAGUCGCCCAUUUUGGUCUGGGUAAAAGGUUACCCAAAUCUGUGUCCAUUGUUUGGACGGAUGGUCGCUAUAUAAGAAGAUCCGUAUCAGAAAAUGAUAUAGAUACAUUUUACAUUAUAACUUACAAUGGUAUCAUGGAAGCGCAACGAAAGGAAUGGAUUUUAGCUGAACCAGAAAAAUUAAAUGAUUCCACGACCAUUCACGUCAUACGCCAUGUUUCUUCCAUCGUAUCAAUUUUGUUUUUAUUUUUAAUGACAUAGUAUUUGAAAUAAAUAUGUUUUAUAAAAUC